AUGGCAAACUUUGGAGGAUUCCUGGAGAGGUGGAAAAGCGAUUGGAUCGAUCCUGCUCUGAACUACAUCGAAGGUCGGCCGAAGACCGACUCGCAUCUCAAUGAGGCGAGCAAUGAAUACUCAGAGGAAGAGAUCAAGGCGUCCACCAAGAACUUCGAUCGCAGCUGCAUGUUGGGCUCUGGCACCUUUGGAAGCGUGUACCGAGGGACCAUGUACGAUGGCACCGAGGUAGCUAUCAAGGUGCUUCACGUGCCCGAGGAAGCGGGCUUCGAAGAAGAAGUUCAGGUCCUGUCGCGCUUCCGGCAUCCCAACUUGGUGAUCCUCAUGGGCUUCGCCCGGCACGCCGAGUCCAUCCGCAAUUUCCAGGAGAAUUACAGACCGGUUUUCCUGGUGUCUUCCAGUGAUGAGUAUACGCAAGAACAGCGGAGUGCCUAUUUAGAAUUCGCUCAAUUGAUCGACAUGCAUAUGGCGCAGUUCUUAGCGAUGUAUGGCUGCACGGAGGACGAUUUUGUAGCGGGCUUGGAAUGGAUGAAGGCCACCCAGGAGCCCAACUGGUUCGCCUAUGAGUUGUGCCUCAAGCAGAUCGAUUUCGAGUAUUUCGUUCAGAUGCUGCGCCCGGAGCCCUGGAGGGUGGAGCUGGAAAUGGAGGUCGGUGACACCUUCUACCUCUGCAACUCUUCCUUCGAGUACUUCCCUGGGCUGCCCAUCCAUAAAAGCAACGACCUGGUGAACUGGAGCUGGGCGGGACAUGGUCUGCACCGACAGGAGCAGGUGAGUGGUGCUGUAAACCUCAUAGACGUCAAGUCCGACGAUGGGAUUCAGGCGCCGUCCAUCCGUUUCAAGGAUGGCACCUUCUACAUCAUCACCACCUGCGUCUAUCGGCCAGUGGGCUCGGAUGAAGGGACGUGCACCAACUUCAUCAUCACCGCCACUGAUGUGGCUGGGCCUUGGUCGGAUCCUCAUGUCAUCGAGGGUGCCCCAGGCAUCGAUCCGGACAUUUUCUUCGAUGACGAUGGGCGGGUUUGGUACGUGGGCACCGCAGCACCCGAGAAGCCCAACUUCCCUGGGGAAGGCGAGAUCUAUUGCCAUGUCUGGGGGCCCCAGUUGUCAUCCAACUUUUCGGGUGAAGAGUUGGACCUGAAAAACUGGAAACUCACUGGAGAUCGACACUAUUUGUGGCGUGGCGCCAUCCAUGGAGGUGUCUUCGUGGAGGGUCCGCAUAUGUACAAACACGAGGGCUCCUAUUACUUGAUGGCGGCGGAAGGUGGUACUGGGGUGAACCAUUCGGUGGUCAUCGCCAUCGGCGAGAAAGUCACUGGCCCCUUCUUUCCCAACGAUCGCAAUCCAAUCCUGACAUCGAGAAAUCUCUCCUAUGACAACUGGGUGCACAGCACCGGGCAUGGAGAUUUGUUUCAGCUGCCGGAUGGUAGGAGCUACAUGGUUUGCUUGGGCAUUCGGGCUGAAGAGGGUGACCCAGGGAUGAGAAGGUCCAACAUGGGCCGUGAGACCUACCUAUUGCCUGUCACCUGGGAACGCGAGCCUAUGGAAUGGCACUCACUGGGGCCGGAGGGCAAACGCUUAUGGCCAGUGUGUGCCCCAGAGACGGGCCGCGUAGAACGGUGGCAGCCGCUGCCCUUCCCGGGCGCUACACAAAGCCUGGCCUGCAACGUGUUCUACGACACCUUUGAGAAGGAGAUGUUGGGCCCGGAAUGGCUCUUUCGCAGGGCUCCAAAGGAUGGAACCUACAAGUUGGCACCGAAGAACUUGCAGCUGAACGCCUCUCCGGAGGUGCUGGCCGAGCGCGUAGCGUGUAGCUUCAUGGGCAUCCGCCAGAGGCAAAGCGAGUUUGACUUCACCGUUCAGAUGAAUUUCAAAUCCCAAAACUCUUCGGUGGAGGCUGGGGUGGCCAUUGUACAGAAAGAUGACAACUACAUCACCUUCACCGUGAAUGCAGUUAGCUCCACCUUGGUUGUGACCCUAAAGGAGAAGGAGAAGGAUGAAAAACAGAUCUCCAGCACAGAGAUUGGCUAUGCCGGCAGCAUCGUUCUCAAGAUCCGAUCUGCUGAUCACACAUAUUUUUUUGAAUAUUCUUUGGACGAUGGCGCGAACUUCACGCCCUGCGCGGAAAGCUCCGCAGGGCUUGUGCUGAGUCUGGGAUAUACCGGCAGCUGCUUGGGGCUCUACUGCACCAGCAAGGGGCAGAAGACCCGAGAUUUCGCCAGCUAUGCUUGGGUGAAACAUAUGGCAUCCAUCCGGUGA